AUGUUAGAGAGGCGUGGUCGUCUUCCUCAGCAUACCUACCUUGAUUACUCAAUCACCAAUUUCUGUGCUGCUUUAUUCAUUGCUUUCACAUUUGGUGAGAUAGGCAAGGGCACACCUGAUGAGCCAAAUUUCUUAGCUCAACUUGCUCAGGAUAAUUGGCCCUCCGUUCUUUUUGCAAUGGGGGGUGGUGUGGUCCUUAGCCUUGGGAAUCUGGCUUCACAAUAUGCAUUUGCUUUUGUUGGGCUAUCGGUUACUGAAGUGAUCACGGCAAGCAUAACUGUUGUUAUAGGCACAACCUUGAAUUACUUUUUGGAUGACAAAAUCAACAAAGCUGAGAUCCUUUUCCCAGGAGUUGGUUGCUUUUUGGUAGCAGUUUUUCUAGGUUCUUCUGUUCAUUCAUCCAAUGCUUCUGAUAAUAAAGCAAAGCUCAGCAAUUACACAAGUGAUUGUAAAGAAGCAGCCAUCAGCUCUUCAAAGGAAGUAGAUUUAGUUAAAUCAAAAGAUCUCGAGAGGGGAAGUAGUUCUGCGGACAAUGUUGAAGCAGGAACUGCAGUGUUCCUCAUAGAGCUUGAGGAAAGAAGAGCUAUUAAGGUUUUUGGGAAGAGCACUAUGAUUGGAUUGGCUCUAACUUUCUCUGCUGGACUGUGCUUCUCUAUGUUCUCACCAGCAUUUAACUUGGCAACAAAUGACCAAUGGCAAACUUUGAAAAAAGGGGUUCCCCAUUUGACAGUUUACACUGCCUUCUUCUAUUUUUCAAUCUCUUGUUUUGUUAUUGCCAUGAUUCUAAACAUCACCUUCCUCUACCGUCCUGUCCUAAACCUACCCAAGUCAUCAUUGAAGGCUUAUUUGGCAGACUCUGAUGGCAGAAUCUGGGCCUUGUUGGCUGGUCUCCUUUGUGGGUUUGGGAAUGGUCUCCAAUUUAUGGGUGGACAAGCUGCAGGAUAUGCAGCAGCAGAUGCUGUCCAGGCACUUCCACUUGUAAGCACAUUCUGGGGUGUUGUUCUGUUUGGGGAGUACAGAAGAUCAUCAAGAAGAACAUAUAUACUGCUAGGGAGUAUGCUGUUCAUGUUUAUUGUGGCUGUUGGUGUGCUGAUGGCAUCAUCGGGGCACAGAAGCAGUUCUCACACUGCCAAGGAAUAA